UGAAAGAAGAAAUCCCAAAAUACUUAGAAUUGAGCAUAGCUGAAAAUUGGAGUGAGGCAAUCAGAAGAACAUGGCAGACCUACAAGGCAGGUUGUUGUUAGCUCUGCAAGAGAAAAAUAUUGUUAACUCUGAAGAUUUAGCAAGGGAAUGGCAAGAAGAUCACCAAAAAAUUGUUGGAGCAAUCAAAAGUUUACAGACUCUUUAUAAGAUAAUCAAUGCAGAACCUAUAAAUACAACAAGAUGGCAGUUAACUGAUGAAGGAGACGUUGUAGCUAAGUAUGGAAGUCAUGAGGCCAGGGUAUAUAAUGCUGUACCACAACAGGGUAUCACUAGAGAGGAACUACUGAAAUCUGUUCCUCAAUAUGGUGAUAUUGGUUUCAGUAAGGCAAUGCAGGAGAAAUGGAUAGAAAUUAAUAAUCAAAAGGUUUAUAGGAAGAUUGAUAGAAUAGAUGAUAAAAUACAAAGUAUGUUGAAGAAAGUACAGACAGGAAACAUCAAUGAUUUAUCUGAUGACCAAAAAACAGAAUGUAAGAAAAGAAAGCUCAUCAAUGAAGGGAAAAUGACAGUAUAUAAAGUAAGCAAAGGAGAGAUGUUUACACUAGAUAUAGAGCGACUAGAAACAGAGCUCACACCAGAGAUGAUUGCUAAUGGUAGCUGGAGAGAAAAGAAGUUCAAGUCCUAUGAUAUGGAUGCCUUAGGUAUCCCACCAGAUGCUGGCCAUCUCCAUCCAUUGCUAAAAGUGAGGACAGAAUACAGACAAAUCUUCUUAGAGAUGGGGUUCACAGAGAUGCCAACCAAUAACUUCAUAGAAAGCAGUUUCUGGAAUUUUGAUGCACUUUUCCAGCCUCAACAACAUCCUGCCAGAGACGCUCAUGACACCUUCUUUAUAUCAGAACCAUGUGAUGCUGACAUAGAUAUGAUACCAAAAGAGUAUUUACAACGUGUGAAGAAAGUACAUUCUCAAGGAGGAUAUGGAUCUCAAGGGCACAAAUAUGAUUGGAAAAUUGAGGAAUCCACAAAAAAUAUCCUGAGAACUCAUACAACAGCUGUCAGUGCUAGAAUGCUGUAUGAAUUAGCUCAACAGAAAGAGUUCAAACCAGUGAAGUACUUUUCAAUAGAUAGAGUAUUCAGGAAUGAGACAACAGACUCCACCCAUUUAGCAGAGUUCCAUCAAAUUGAAGGGCUGGUCGCUGAUCGAGGAUUAACAUUAGGAAAUUUGAUGGGAGUUAUUAAUGAAUUCUUCAAAAAGCUUGGUCUGACUAAACUUCGCUUCAAACCAACCUACAAUCCUUACACUGAACCAAGUAUGGAGAUAUUCAGCUUCCAUGAUGGUUUGAAGAAGUGGGUAGAAGUUGGAAAUUCUGGUGUCUUUCGACCAGAGAUGUUGUUACCUAUGGGCUUACCUGAAGAUGUAUCUGUUAUAGCAUGGGGACUUUCUCUUGAGAGACCAACGAUGAUAAAGUAUAAGAUACAGGAUAUCAGAACAUUAAUAGGACCUAGAGUAGAUCUACAGAUGGUGUACAAUAACCCACUGUGUAGGGUGGAAAAGGCUGCUAUCUAAAUAUAUGACGUUAAACCAAUAGUCUGUAAAAUUCAGAUUGUCUCAGAUUUAGAAAUUUGUAGAAAAGUGGGAUAUACAUGUAUUGUCUUUCAUGUAUUAGUAUUUCAUAAACUGAAUUGUUUAGUUGUGUUUUGUGUGGCAUACACAAUGUAAACUAUGUGAAUAUUUCUCAAUAAUUUUCUAGAUGUUUUCUAGACUUAAAACAAUGGAGUGAAAUCACUAAUUUCCUUACAUGUAAUCAUUGUGUUGACAUAUAAAUAUACCAUCUUAUUCCAAAGACAGAUGGGACGAUUUUA